UAGAGAUAUAUUUAAGAUAAAUUAUUCACUUCCUCGAGCUUUCGAUAUGAGAAGAUACUUGCUCUCGUUUCCUCGCCAGAGAUGUUUUCUACGAGAGCUUGCCAGGUCUAGCGCACGAGACCUCCGCUCUCCUAAUUCGCCAGGUCAACGGAUAUCCGUAGGCGCGCGUUUCCGAAAAGUGGCCGAGACUCGCCGCAAAUAAUAGCCCUCCGAGUCCUCGUAUCCAAGUCUCGUACCCACAUACAGGCCGGACUUAUGUUUCGCGCGGUGCCGGAAACCGAUUCCGAAAUAUCCCGCGCGAGAUCGCGGAAGCAUUAAAAGAAUAAUCCGGCGGUCCACUCUCGGACCGGAGGCAGCUAGGACGGUGGCGUCGAAAUCUCCGCCCACGAGAAACGUGUCCGAUGCCAAAAACACGGGAUCGGUUUUGUGGCGCGCGACGGUGGUUGUUGACUGAUCGGGCUUCCCGUGGAUAUACCGCGAUCGGAUGGACGCAUUUCCGGCGGCUCCUCGAUUAACAACGCGGAGAAAAUUUCCAACGAACGCGAAAAAGGGCUUCACCAUCGACUUUAAAUCUUAACGAUCCUUCCACGUCCUUCGAGAUUUCAUGAAUGUUAAAUUGAUUUCAAUUUAAUACGAUCUCGAUAUAAUUGAUGUUCAUUAUAUGGCGUAUACCAAUUAAAAUGACUGUAGGACGAGUUAAUGCCGUCAUGAUACUACAACUUCGCGGCCACCACGUCUAAAGAGACUAGAUGAAUCCGCAAUUUCUAAUUUAACGCUGCGCUAUUGGCCGAUAUGCAAUUAGUAGCCUAAUUUCCUGCCGAGGCAUAUAACGCACCAAGGUAACAAACCGGUGCUACCGCUGGUCGAGAGAUUUUAUCGAAACAAAUCACGUCGAUUUGCUACGUCGUUACAUGCAAGAGUUUAAUUGCCUGGGGUCUCCUAUUAGAGCCGAGAUCACUCUGCUGUGCUGCUCAACUAUCGCACGAGCAUCGAAAAAAAUAAUUAACGUGAAAAAUGAAGAUGCGCGACGUGUCCGAGAAUGCUUAAUCCCAGCAUGUGUGAGUGGCAUGCGUUGAGAUAAGCCGUCUCGGUGCGGUCGUGAGGAGCGCGAGACGAUAAGAACAGCUGAUAACAACGCAAAUGCCUUGUCUUCCCGCGGUUGUUUUCAGUGGAGCCGGACACCAUGAAAUUUCGUAUCAUCUUGAACAUCACACCCGUCAUUGCCGCAUGUCUUCCGCGUGCUUAAUUGCGGCGACUUAUAAACUUGCAACAAGGUAAAAUGAGGAAACGUUGUUGAUUUUGGCUUUAGAGAAACUCGCGCGCUGCUCGAUUGACAUAAAGUUGAAUUUAGUUAAAUUUAAUUCGUAAUGGUUCGUUGUAAAGUAUCUAGUUUUUACAUUCUCGAUGUAACAGAUAGAACUUCUGAGCUAACUAAUCGAUUGUUAAAAAGAUCGAUCACAUCAUAUGACUAAUAACGUGACUACGGAACGUGACACAAACGAGCGCAUCUGCCGAUCGCGGCGGGUUGCUGAAAAAUCCUGAAGGAAAAUUUUAGAUUUGUCCCGGAAGCGCGUACACCAAAAUGCGCGCAAAGCACCUUUGAUGUCACACGUCGAGAACGCAGAGCCUAAAAAUGACAGCGGACGUACGAAUGAAAUAGCGGCAAGUGAACGCGAUAAAUCCGUCGCGCAAGUAAGUCCGGAAAGUUCCGUUAAGGAAGAAAUUCAGGCAGUGCCCAAAACGAGCCGAAUAUUGGAUAACGCAAAAGCUGAUCCGGAAACAGAGGGAAAUGACGAGAAAUGUGCCGAUACGGAAUCACAAAAUAAGGAUGACGCGUGUGUUGGCUCCGGCGAUAUUUGUAGAAUCUGUCACAUGGGCGGCGGACAUGCUCCGAUCGCGGAAAACCAUCAGUCAUGUGACUCUGAAAGUCAGGACGAUCAGACAUCAACACCGUCGAACUUCGUUUAUCUCGGUCCUUUGAUCUCGGCUUGCAAAUGCCGGGGUACGGUGGCCCUGGUGCACGCUGAGUGUCUCGAGAGAUGGCUAACCGAGUCCGGUCGCGUGAGAUGCGAGCUCUGCGGCUACAAAUAUGCGAUCAAAAGAGUAAGGCGUUACAGCCUCUUUCGUAGCGUCGUAAUAUGGUUCCGCACCGUAAUAGCCACUCGACAGAUGCUACUCGAUAUCGGGUAUUUGGUGAUGACCACGCCCGUAGCUGCGUUUUCCUGUUACGUGUGCGCCUUGGCCUUGAAAAUGUUGCUGCGAAACGGCUUUUACGAGAUACCCUGGAUGAUAGUCGCCAUGCUACCAACCUGCUUAUUGACGCUGAUAGCUUAUUGGCGAUGGAUAAUUACGUUAGGGAGAUUGCACGGCCAUCGAUGGAGACGCUACUGGAGAAACAACUUCGUGGUUCGUUUGAUUCCCGCUAACGACGUCGAGGACGACAUCGAUCCGGAAAGAAGUCAUUUCGACGUGCAAGACGAUUUUGAACAAUGGAGGAUCGAGGAGAUCGAAGAUCUCGCGUGACUUUUGAUUGUGUCAACCGCGUCAGGAAUAACCUUUUAAUUAUAGGCAAUCGUUUUCUAUUUCUACACUCAUCCCCGUCUCAUUGUCGGAACCUUCAUACAGCUGCACUAUAUUUAAUUGCAUUUUAUUAAUUGAACACUGCAAUUGAAGCUCAUUGCUGCGUAACGAAGACGAUUCGCUGCAUUAUAUAGUUAAAUUAAAAUGCGCAAAUAUGAUUCGAUACGCUUCCGGAAACACACGUGUUUGGAUUUUAUAUUAUUAUUUAAAUCUUGUAUUUUUCUAUGAUA